ACAGCGUUUGGUUCGUCGUGCGGUUGCCGCUCUGUGCCAUAUCCAUUGAAAUCCGGACGGGGUCCCAACUCUGCACGUACCCCGAAAAGAGAUCCCCUUCGACUGGGCUUCUCGAGACAGUGUCUAAUUUUUUAUCGCAGCCAACUUGCAAUUUAUGUGGCUAAUUAGAACAAAGAAAAAAAGAGGCGACGGUGGACCAUUAGUGCGUGACUCUCGAAUGCUGUAAGUGCUGCGCAUCCGUCAGGUUGCGUGUGCCGCGCCCCUGCCGCCCACAAAAAAUAAAAAGAAAAAAAAAAAAGACACCGUGCCGGAAGAAAAUAAUAAUACACUUCAGCUAUCAAAACACUCGAAAAAGGCUGGAACAAAAAAAGAAACGGAAUCCUUAAAAUCUGCAAUGCAAAAAAUAAACGAAAAGGAAUUGAAAUUUAGGGCAAUGGCGGAUUACGACCAGCAAUAACAGCCGAAAGCGGAAAAUAAGGCAAAGGAGGCGGCAUCGCCAAGUGUGCGGGAAAUUCAACAGAACAGAAAAGUACAGAACAGAAGAGUGAAUUGCGGAAAGUGCGUAUGGCAGAUAGACCCAAGUAAAUCAUAUGGAAAUGUGAACGCGUCACGCUGCCUCAUUAACGUUUUGCCACCGCCGCCGCCCUCCAGUUGCGUGUGGGUCAUCAAUUAAUUUCAGCCAGUUUUCGCACUUAAAGCGCCAAAAAAGUAGCAUUCAAAAAGAAGAAAACCAUCGGACAGAGCGGAGAAAUUAAUGACACUAAUAACACACUGCGGUUUCGUUUGUAGUGGUCAGUGUGUGCAUCUGUGUGUGUGUGUGUGUGGUGCCGCGGUACGGGAAUUGUGUUUUAUUUCAGAGUGGGCGCAACAGUUCGUCGGCUCUUCUAUAUAUAUAUAUAUAUAUAUAUAUAUAUAUAUAUGUGCAUAUGCAUAUAGACCACCCCCUCUGAUCCGAUCGGUCGCGUGCGCCAUAAUUUAUCACAAUUGUCAUUGUCGGCAGCGAAAGUGCAGCAUCCACAAUAAACAAAUACGAAUUGUUUAUGCAGACAUCUUCCCCGAAUACGGGUCAGUGCAUUAGAACAAUAGCUGCAAGCUGCAAAAGUUUGGCCCACUCUCUGUUGGCCAAGCAAAAACAUAAAUUAAUCUCACUGUUGGCCGAGCUGGAGGCCUUGAGAGUUCCUCCGCCCUUUGGAUUAGCAAACGAAAGAAACCCGGGGAUUCCCGACCGUCAAUCCGCCGAAGGAGAGCGACCAUAAAACGGCGAAUAAACAUGUAAAAGUACAUUAAGCGAUUCUACGGACCUGAUCUGAGUCACAAGGACAUGCAUUCUUAAAUGUCUGCGGAAAUGCUCUUUUUAUGGGCCAAGAGUACAUUGGCGCUUCAUUAAAGCCAACGGCGGAAGCGGAAAUAGCCGAGCGGCCAUAACAGGGAGACGCGUUUUUAUUGGCGCCAGGUCACGAACAGCGAACUGCGUACAGCUAACUGCAGUCGACUUGCAAGCUGAAACAUUCUCUACUCCCCAUGCACUUUUUUGCGUUUCUUUGACACUCUGGUCAAAUUGAAGUUUGCCACAUAAAUGACGAGACGUUCUCGCGUUUGGCACAACGCACCGCAAGCACAACAAAAUGACAGCCAUGCAGCUUUUAUUACCAACAAGCGGAAUACCAGCAAUAGCCAAACCAGAACCCGAGACAACAGCAAUGCAAACGACAUAUUGGCAGCAGACAACCGGCAACAGCAACAGCAGCAACAGCAGCAACAGCAGCAACAGCAACACACAUCGAAAAUCACGGACGAGAUGCCCGGACAAUGGGAAAACGAUUUGGGCUGUCGGCUUGACGUUGGCCCUGUUGACUUGCCUGCAGCAGCUAAAAUCGGUUUCGGCGGACGAGGAGUCGCAGGAUUUUCAAAAGAACAUACCCGCUCGAUUGGUUUGGGCCGCUUUGGGCAAAACCGUGGAGCUGCCCUGCGAUUUGACGCCGCCCACGCCGCAGGAUUCGGUGAAGCUGCUGCUCUGGUUCAAGGACACCACGGGCAUUCCACUGUACAGCCUGGACUCGCGGGGCGGAAACGUGAAGCUGGCACCCCAUGCCGCUAUAGCUAGCGAUCUGGGGCAACGCCUGUUCUUCAGCAUCGGCGAUAAUCCCAAGGACUCGCGCCUGCAGAUCAACGAUGUGAAGCCCGAGGAUGGCGGUGUCUACCGAUGUCGCGUCGACUUCUUCAACUCGCCGACGCGCAACUUCAGGCACAACCUGACCUUAGUGGUGCCUCCCGAGGAGCCGCGCAUCUUCGAUGCCCAGGGCAAGGAGAUAUCCCAGUUGGCAGGACCCUUCCGCGAGGGCUAUGAGCUCUUCUUGUGCUGUCAAGUGAGGGGAGGUCGUCCUCCGCCCAAGGUGACCUGGUGGCGCGACGACACCGAGCUAAUCGGCACCAGCCACACUUCCGUGGAGGAGGGCGCCACUAUGAUGGUUAAUCAGCUGCUGAUUGGCACCACCACGCGGGACUUCUAUGGCGUUCGCAUCGAGUGCCGGGCGCAGGGAACGCGACUCGUGGAGCCCGUCCGCAAGGAUGUCACCGUGCAGGUUUACUUAAAACCCGUUCGCGUGAAGAUCGCCACGCCCAACGAACUGCUGACCGCCGGGCAUCCUGUGCCCAUUCGCUGCGAGUCCUGGGGCUCAUAUCCGGCGGCCAAGAUCACCUGGCUGCUCGAUGGCGAGCCCAUCCGGAAUGCCGAGGUCACCGUCCACAGCGACAAGGAGGACGGCAAUAUCACCACGAGCAUACUGACACUGAAGGUAACAUCGGAGAACGAUAAUGCCGAGCUGACGUGUCGGGCCACGAAUCCUUGGUUCUCCGGUGGCGCCAUCGAGGACAAGCGCAUCAUCCGGGUGGCAUAUCCGCCAACGGUAUCGGUGCACUUGGCCAACGAGGAUCCCAGUCGACUGGUGACACGGGCCGAGGGCCAGAAUGUCACUUUCAAAUGCCGGGCGGAUGCCAGGCCGCCGGUCACCAGCUACUCCUGGUUCAAGAAUGGCAUGCGAAUGUCGGGCGAGAGCUUGGAAAUAAUGCACUUGACGCAGCUCGAGAGGGAAAGUGCGGGGGCGUAUGCCUGCGGGGCCACAAACACGGAGGGCGAAACUCGGAGCACCAGCCUCGCGCUGAAAGUGCAGUUCUCCCCGCGCUGUAAGUCGGGCACCGAGCAAACCUCCAUCGGAGCCGUCAAUCUGCAGUCCAUUCUGGCCAAAUGCGAAGUGGACGCCGAUCCGCCGGACUCCGUGCGAUUCAGUUGGACCUACAACAACACCCGCAAUGUGUCGCCGGUGCUCAACUCGAGGAUACAAUCGAACGGACUGGCCAGCACGGUGACGUAUCUGCCGCAGACGGACUCCGAGCUAAUAACCCUGGCCUGCUGGGCCAGCAAUGCGGUGGGUCGCCAAACGGCGCCCUGUCUGGUGCACAUCCUGCCGGCAAACACCCCGGAGGCACCGAAGGCCUGCGAAUUGCGCAACGACACCAUCCUGGAGGUGGUCUGUGUGGCAGGCAGUGACGGCGGCCUCUCGCAAUACUUCAUGCUGGAGGUGGUGGGUGGCGACCUGCUCUACUCCAAUGAUCCUGGCGGAUCGGCAGGACAGGCACAAGGACAGGGACAGGGACAGGGACGAGGGCAGUUCGGCGAGGCCAUUGGCCUGGGCGAGAACGAGAUAUCCACGCUCAACGAUCAGGCGACAUCUGCACCCAUCUUUCGCAUGCAGGAGAACAGUCCACAGUUUCGUUUGAAUAAUUUAGAGCCGGGACGUGAAUAUCAAUUUUUAGUUUACGCCGUCAACGCCAAAGGACGCAGCGAGCCGCCGGUGGUGAUUGAGAAUGUACGCGUGGCCGCCCAACUGGGACCAUAUGAUGAAUCCAUUCUGUCCGAGGACCCCACGCCCGCAGAAACUACGCAUCAUGGGGGCGGCGGUGUGGGCGGGAGCGGUAGCUCCAGCGGACUGGGCACAGGCGCCAGCACGGGCAGCGGACCCGAGAAGCAGUCGACGCUGCUGAUACUCGCCGCCGUCGUGGUGAUAGGCGCCGUCGUGGUGACGUCAAUUAUCGUGGCCGGCAUCGUCGUGGUCUGCCGGCACCGGCCGCGACCACCUGAGCCGCAGGAGGUGCGCAAGAGCAUGCGGCCGGCGAGAAACGAUGUGCCGAGCAUGUACAUCGAGGAGGAUGAACUGAACGAGCUGGAGGAGGGCGGCGGUCGAGCGGCGGAGAUUAGGGCGCGCGUGGCCCCGCCCAACGCCCACCACUGCGGAGGCGGGGGCAUGCCGGGGGUGGGGUCGAGUGGCGGGGCCAUUGUGGGCGUGGCCGGACCCCAUCACUACAUCUCCGAGAGCUUCAUCCAGUAUGCGCAGCCCAGCCUAAACGGCGACGUGCUGCUGCCCCUGCUCGUGACCUCGUCCAGCCAGCCUUGCACCACGAACACGACCGUCUCGAGCGUGGUCCUGGCCAUGCCCCACAGGGAGAAACUGAGUUGUACCGGUCCUGCGAGCCGAAACACUGCCUGGCCGCCCGAAUGUAUGCAAAGUAAAUUCUAUGUAACUAAAUCUGUGCAGAUGCAGAGCCAACAACUGAACCAAAAUCCGAAACAUCAACAGCAACAGACACAGAUGCUCGUUCAGAAGUUGAAGCAGGAACAGCUGCAGUUGCAACUGCAGCAGAUGGGCAGUCAUGUCUAAGCUGAGUUCUCUGUCGAAUUUGUCAUUUUGCAUUUGGCAGUGGAGGGGAGAUCCCUCGCAAGUAUUUUUAAUAUCCCCCACCCAAGAACAUUGCCACAGUCUUGCUCCAUUUCACAUUUUAAUUUGUCGUCCAUUUGGCAUCCCAAUUUAGUUUUGCUUGUUACGUUGCCAUAUCCCUGCAUUCACAUGUCUUUCAUCUGAUUUCCUUUAUUCCCUUUGUGCAUUCGAAAUUAUUUUGGCUUGGCUUUGUUGCCAGGCAAAUGCCGCAAAAAUAUCCAGAAAUAUGCUUUUAUUUGCGGAAUUUCCUAUGACAAAUUUGCUAACUCGGUUUUAAUGCAGCAAAGCCGGCAGAUAGGAUUCACAGACUCACAGAUACAGAUAUCAAAUCAAAGCUAAUUGAAGUACAUGAGUUUUCUGCCAGCCAUUUACUCGGCAAAUCAAGGCUAGAUACACAUUAAACAAGCGCAUCGGAAAGUGCAGGCAAAUAUUGUUUUUAAAAAGGAUAAAAGCCGCACAACGCCUAGACAAUGGGGAAGUCUGGUGGGGAGGGGCUGUUUGCUCAGCCUUUGCUUUUUGUUGACAUUUCUGUUUAUUUCUCUACAGCCGGGGACACUCCGUGCCGCUUAGCAGCCGCUUUUGAGUCGCCCAGUGCAGUGAUAAGUCUUUUUGGGCUGUUUCGCAUAAAUUUCAGAGCGCAACAAACAAACAUAUGUACUGUGUGCGUAAACAUGCCUCAGACAGCAACAAAUUUGCAAAAUAUUCUGCUGCCUCAACCCUCUCAUGCCCCAUGACGACUCGCCCUCUGUUUGCUGUGCGAGCUCAGGCAGACUUUGUUUUUACUUUGAAUUGCAUAAAUUUUAAUUAUUUCGAAAGCACUAAAUUAAAACACAAAAAUAAGCACAAAGGCACAAAAACACCACAGAGCUUCUCUGCCUGCGUCUGACGUGCCGACAUGCUGGCAAAUGCAAAUAUUAUUUAAUGGGCAGAUGUGUCGUAUACGUGAUAUUAUUGCCAACUGUCUAUCUCUCUCUCACUCUCCUGCAUCAUUCUGUUUCUUUUAGCCCCCGAUGCGUGAGUUCAAAUGUCACAAAUUAGCUAAAUUUGAUUUUGUCAGCGAUUUAAUUUUAUAUUUUCAUUACACUCAGCCCGUCCUUUUGCUCGUUAAUAUAUAUAUAUUUUUUUUUGCACUACCCCCCGGCAGCCUGUUUAAUUUAUGUGCGCUGGGGGGCUGUUCGGCUGACAUGACACGACAAACACACCCACACUCCAUCACAUUCGGGUGUGCAUAUUUGUAAUUCCCGCCCCAGUGCUGCCCUUUCACCCGGCAGAACGUAAACCAAGUCAACUGGCUUACAAGACACUAACAAGUGCCAAAGUCGGGCCGAAGUGCGCCAGAGGAGCGGUCCAGAAAUGUUGUAGCUGGUGCGCCAAGACGCCAACUAAAAACAGACAGCUUGGGAACUGACUUGGCUGGGAUUACACUGAGCUGCAAGGCAGCUUAAGCGAUUCAAUCGAACUCUGAUUUGGCAGAGAAACUAUUAAGCCUUAUCGAGAAUUUCAUGAAAAACUAAUCAUGCCACAAGAAAUGUAAAAACAAUAAUAAUAAAUACAAUACUUUUAGCUCAAAUUCGUUGGCCGAUAUAAAUAAUGAACUAAACAUUUUGAAGCUUUCAAUUAAUUAUUGACACUUGUUAGGUUCAUUGGGAAUAAAAAAAGAUUUAAAAAUAUUAUUUUAAGUAAACCACAUCACUGCUUUAAAAUUGUGUAUGCUAAUGGUUUUUUCUGAUUUAAUGAUUACAAUUUUCUAAAUACUGUGAACUUUUAAUUAAUGUUUUUCUAUGCCAGACUCAAAUUAGUCAACAAACAAUUAUUAUUUAUUAUUCAUUAUACUUAUUUCGAACGGUUUCGAACUAAACUGAACAGUGUCAAGUUAGGAUAAUAAAUUUCCCCUGGCUGCUGCCUAGAAAUUCAUAGUCCCCACAUUUACACAGCGAUGUCAAAUUGAAAUAAAAAGGUCCUGGAAAGAGCAAAACGCUUCCAGCGCCGUAACUCAAGGCAAACAAGAGAGCCACUGUAUGUGUGUGCAUACAUACUCACGGCCAGGAAAAGACACCCAUUCGCAUCUUUACAUCUCGGCAGUUGCUGUCAUUAGCCAGCAUUUUUAAUUGCAUAUGCCGUACUCGCGUGCUCGCGUGCUCCACCGUACAGGUGGCACUGGGACCGAGGGACCGGGGACCGAGGCAACCAAAGGGCAAACCCCCUUGAGCAGUCAAAUUCGUUUGACUUUUUGUAGCCCACAGUCAUCUGCGUAUAUACUCGUAGUAGUUUGGGCGAUGGAAGGAUGGGGAGGAACUGCUUUUUUGUGCACAUUUGUUUCAUUUCAUGCUGCUCCAUUCAUUCUGCCCAGCAUCUCUUUUGCCUCAUUGUUGCUGUUUGUCUUGCUGUUUGUGACUGUGUGUGUGUGUGUGUGUGUGAGUGUGUGUGUGUGUGUGUGUGUGUUUAUGGUAUGUGUACGCGAGUCAAGAGUCGCGAAUGUCUGAGCCACGUUUGUGUGGCCUUCGUCCUUUGUCCUUCGUCCUUCGUCCUAGCCGGGCUUUUUGUGUGAAUAUUUGGAUUGUAAGUAAUGCGAGUGGGUUGUAGGUGCUGGAUGGUAGAUGGUAGGUUGUAGGUUGUAGGUUCCAUGUGCACUCCAGCGGCACUCGUCUAAUUAGACAAAGUUGAGACCGAGCCACACAGCAGCCACUCGAAAUGAGCACACGGCGCCAUUUGCUGUGGCUAUACGGCUAUAUGGCAUGGUGGCAUUAUCUUAAAGACUCCUUAAAGCACAUGUAUGUAUCUGCUCCAUGCUCUUACUUUGAUGUCUCUGUCAUGCCACAAAAAAUGCCGCAAAAUUUGCUUGAGCAACAUUGUUUAUGCGGCAUUCGAGGACUUACACAGUGGAAAAUUGCUUUCAGCCAAAUGGCAAGUGAAUACCAACUCGGUAAGCCCCUCUGCAGGACUCUCGAUUUUUAAGAGGAUUUUAAGCCGACCAAAGAGAAGGCUGUGAAGUGGGUGCAUUUCUGAGCUCUAAAGAAAUGUAGACAUUUUGUGGAAUCCCUUGGUUUUUAGACCAACAUUUCCAGGAAAUUCUUUUGCUUCCUUGAUUUGUCUAUACAAACAGAUUUACUUCCAAGAAUUUAAAAUUAAACUGAUUCUUACAGAAAGUAAAUUUUACAAUACGAUACAAAAGUUGACCAAUAUUUUUUUUGGUAAAAACAAUGUUUUGAAACAACAAUUGAAAAUGAUCCUUAAAAAAGUUGUUGUAAAACGAAAAUUUAAACUUAAAGAAGUUUCCUAAGAAGCAAACAAUAUUGUAUGUUUAAAAAUUUAACUAAAUUUUACAAAAAGACUUAAAUAUAACAUUUAUUUAGACUAUAAUCAAAAUAUUGUUCAGAUAAAAUUAAUAGUAUGCCUUUCCACAAAAAUUGUUAUUCAAAAAUUAAUGACUUUUAAAAGUGUUGCCAAAAGAUUUUUCAAACAAAACGAUUUAAAAAUCUUUGAAAAUUUUAAUCACUCCCUAAUUUUUUUCCUGUGCACAGACGCACACGCUCUCCUGAAUGCUCAAUGUCAACGCUGUUCAUUCAUUUGUCGCCGCACUUCCGUUUCCGCCCCUACUCAACCCCCUUUGACACCAUUCCCUUAGGGGUCUUUCCGCUUUUUGUUGGGCCAUCCAGGCUGGCAACAUUUUUGCGACUUUUGACAUUUUUUAAUGCUGUCAGGCAUGGCGUGAAAGUAAACGUGAAAGGCCACAACCUCCCGAACACACCAAAUACAACGAACACACACAUAGACGCACUAGAGAGUUGCCUUAGUUUGUGCGUCUUUAUGGCUCAAAGACGCCACACAAAUGUGACAUAAAAGACGAUAAUAAUAAAAUAUCACAGGGUGCUCGGGCCGGGCCGGGCUACGUCAAAUAACAAACUGCAAAAUCGUAAACAACAAGCGCUAGAUGACGCUCAAGAUUCACUUGAAGCCAGGCGACACAAUAAGUCGGACCACAAUAAAACCGACCGGCUCGCACAUAAAUUCCUGCGAAAUGUGCCAUAAAAAUUAAGAAAUUGUUGAAUUAUUGUACGUUUACGAGCGGAAGGGCGAAUGGGGAGCGGGGCCAGUAAAGUAAAGUGAAUAUUAAUAUUGAAAUGCUGCUCCGUUAAAUGUUGUUGAUGUUGAUGUUGAUGUUGAUGUUUCUGUUGCUGUUUCUGUUGCUGUUUCUGUUGCUGUUUCCGUUUUUGUUUUUGUUUUUGUUUCUGUUUUUCAGUUUGUGUUUCAGUUUCAAUUCGUUGUCGUGCUGUUCAUAUUGCUGUUUUAUUAGAUGCUAUUUGCUUUGUUAUCAGCGCACAGUUGGUCACGCUUUUGCUACGUAUUUUGCUAAUGGUUCUCUUUUCUUUUCGCCGCUCAAAUAAUAAUUUGCAACUCUGUGUGUAAUAUGAUGUCAUUUUGCAAGUGUUGUGAAUCUGAAAAGCAAUAGCAACAAACCAAACAAGCCAAACUAAUCGGUAUAAACAUUUUGCCUUUGUUUCUCUAUUCCCGAACACCCACACACGCCCAUUACUCACUCUCACAUGAAUUUAUGUCUCACCCAAAACACACUUACACACAAUCACCCAAACACAUAUCCACAUAUGCCAUUGUUGUUGAUUUUGUUUUAUACCAACCAACCAAAGUGUAUAUUGCAGACCCGGAUCUGAUAUUGCCGCGCGGCGAAUUGGAAUUUACGACCCUGGAUCCAACGCUGAAGUAAUUGUAAAAAGUAAUAAUAAAUAUCUACCAUAGUGAGCAAACGCAAACGCAAGCACACAAACACUCACGAGCGGUGAGGCCUCAUAAUUCACGGGCAUUUCAUUAAACAUAGCUGUAAAUUUUUAGCAUAAAUUUAAAUGCAUUAGCAUAAAAGGUAAAUCGUAUUUCGUACGUGUAAGAGGACAGGCAAGCAGAUAGGGAUAAGCCAUUUUGUAAUUGUCAGCCAUUAAGUGUCAUGCGAACUGCAAAUUGCGGAGUCAAAAUCAAAAAGAAAACAUAGAACCCCAGAAGCUGCGCUAUAAAUACGCUACAAACUUGUAACUGAAAUCAAAAUAUAAAACCUGUAAAUAGCAUACACACUCACUUUACACACCAAACACUCAUUUUGCUGUUGCACCAUCGACUGUACAUAGAGAACGGGCAAACAUUAAUCAAACUGCAUUUAAAUGUUAAAUAUUAAUUGUAAUUAAAGAACAACUAGCCGGUAAGCCUGUAGCCAAGUAAGCCAUGUGUAUUGAAAGUGUAAUUAGACUCAUAGAGCCAACAUCAGAGUUUGCACCAGGUGUCUGCCUCGGAUGUGUGCAAGUAUCUAGGCAAUGAGCCAAUACAUCCAUUUAUGUCUGCAUAGCGAUAUAGGAUUCAUUAGCAGUUAAAGCCGUAUCCUGUUGCUGUUUGGUAAAUGAAAACCUUUUGAAUAGUUCCCAAUUCCUCUGGGCCUUCUCUUCCGAUCAAAUAUCUGGCAGUUUCAGUCGCUAUUUAUGGCAAUUCCAUGAAUAUUCUAUUACCACAAUAAGCCGAACUGAAGGCGAAGAUGAAAAACAACCAAAAACAAACAACAGCCAAGUGGGUGAUGUUCGAGUGCAUAAUGAAUAAAUGUCGAGUGAGCCAGAGCCCACAAAAGUCCUACUCUGACACUAUGAGAGCAUUAGACCCAAAGUCAGAUACAACACAAACAAUAAAAGCAAAUUCAGUGUAAAUGUUAUAAAUAACUAAAGUAACCGAGCAAAAGUACGACCUAAAAAUAAUAAUAAUAAUAAUAAUAACAAUAGUAAUAGUACGCCAUACAGUUUACACAAUACUCCAAUGUAAUUCGAAUUCUAAUUUCAAAUAUACAAACAUAAAGUGAAAUGGCAGACUAGCAAAAUAUACUGUGCGUAUGCGUAAUAAAAUAAAUUGAAAUUAUAUAUAUAAAUAAAUAUAUAGAUACAUAUACAUGGCAACACCGGGGGCAAAACAUCCGUCUUUCCCCCGCCUGUCGUUCUCUGUCUCUGUCACUCUGGACAAAACCAAACUGAUUGUUUUUAAGCAAACUUAGAUUUAUAAAUAAAUUAAAUUUAAAAACGAACGAGAAAGAAAGAAAACUUAAAAGUGAAAUACAUUAAAAACUAAGUCGAAACUACUGAGUGUGUUAAUAAUAAUAAUAAUAAUACCGAAUACUGAAUAAAUAAACAAGAUUCAAAACAAACCAAA